AUGGCAGUUCCGUUGUUGCUGCUGCCGCCGCCGCCCUCAAAUAGCAGCCUCAAGGACAAGGAUGUUGUCAUUCAUAAGCAACUAACAGCUCCCGAGACAUAUAAUGUCGAAGCAGUUGGAUUCGAGUAUCUAGCCAUUGGACGAAGAAGAAAGCACAAGAGGACGCUAUCUGAAGACGUCGCGAUCGAAAAAGCUCUGGAAGAUGCCGAAACUGAUGGGGCCGAAACCGUAGAAAUCGAUGAUGAAACUGAUGAUUUGCUCAUGAGUGAUCCUGAUAAUUGGAAGGAUCAAGAUCAUUAUCGCAUUUUGGGCUUGUCCAAGCUCCGUUACAAAGCUACCGAGGACGAUAUUCGAAGAGCAUAUCGUAAAAAGGUACUGAAACAUCACCCAGACAAGAAGAAUGCUGCGGAUAGAGACGAUUCCUUCUUCAAGUGCAUCCAGAAAGCAUGGGAAGUAUUAAGUGACCCAGUAAAACGACGACAAUGGGACUCUGUCGACCCCGAAUUCGACGAUGCCAUACCGUCAGCCAAAAUCAAGGGUGACUUUUUCGAAAUAUAUGGUCGAGCAUUCGAUGCCAAUUCAAGGUAUUCCAAGAAACCUGCUCCUCACUUGGGCUCCUUGGAUUCAACACGAGACGAAGUGGAAGCCUUUUAUGAAUUCUGGUAUAACUUUGACUCGUGGAGAGGAUUUGAGGCGUUGGAUGAAGAUGAUCCUGAUUCUGCUGAAAGUCGUGAAGAACGACGAUGGAUGGAGAGGAAGAACAAGAACGAACGACAAAGGAAGAAGAAGGAAGAGAAUGCUCGUAUUAUCCGACUUGUUGAUCAAGCAACCAAGUUAGAUCCUAGAAUAAAGAGAUUCAAGGACGAAGAAAAAGCUGCAAAAGAAGCCAUCAAGAAAGAAAAGGAGAAUGCUCGUCGUGCUAUAGAAGAUGCCAAAUUAAAGGUGAUAGAGGACGAACGGUUAGCUAAAGAGAAGGCUGAAACGGAAGAAAAGGCUAAGGCGGCAGUCGAGAAGAAGGAGCGAGAGGCCAAGAAGAAGGCUGCAAAGAAAGAGAAGAAGAUCAUACAAGGAAUAGUUAAGAACAAUGGAUUCUUGCUACCAGACCACUGUUCAGCUGAAGCAGUCGAUGAAUCUUUGAAGAAAGUAGACGAGACACUAGACAAUCUAGACCAGGACGAAUUAGAAGCUUUCCGUGCACAGUUUGAAGCUCGACAGUAUGAUGGUCGAGAAGCACUGUCUCUGCUGCUGGAAGAAGAGUACCUGAAAGUGAAGGGCAAACAAGAAGAUCAAAAAGCUCAAGCUGCUGCUCUAGCAUCAGAGCGAGCCGAAGCAUCUGCAGCUGCCAAAGCACCCAAGAUAGUGAAAGCCCCAUGGUCACCUAAAGAAGUACAAAUUUUAAUCAAGGCUGUUAAACUGUUUCCUGGUGGUACCAUUGGUCGAUGGGAAAAGAUUGCGGAAUAUGUCUGUGCUCACAGUGGUGCUGACGAUGAGACACCCGAGCAGAUAGCAUCUCGCCAACGUUCUCCUGCAGAUUGUGUCAAUAUGAGUAAAAGCGUCUUGCUAAGUGGUGGAAUGCCAACUGCAGCAGGAGCAAGAGCAGCUUUACAAGGGCAAGCUCAAGCCAAAAAGCCAGUAAUAGAGAUCAAGGAUGCACCAACUACUCGAUUCGAUGACAAUACGUCUUCAACAUCGUCACCGCCAACUCCAGCAGCACCGUCUGAUACUGCAUCCGUUGAUACUGCAGCUAGUGGUACGGCAAGUGUUUCAGGAUGGACACCGGCUCAACAGACUGCGUUAGAAGCUGCUAUUCGCAAAUACCCUGCCGCCAUGUUUGUUGAUAAGCCUCCGGCGGAGAGAUGGGAGAAAGUGGCAUCCCUAGUUGACGGAAAGAGUGUGAAGGAGGUGAAGGCUAGAAUAAAGGACCUCGCAGGCAAAUCUAAAACUAAAGGCAAAAAAUAG